AUGGAGCCAAGUCUUGACAGCCCAUAUGGGCCAUCGAGACAUCCACAAUUCAUCUUCAAUUCUAGGCGAUCACCUGUCUAUUCAACAAAGGGGCUAGUUUGUGCAUCCCAGCCAUUGGCAGUCAAUGCUGGCCUCAAGAUAUUACAAAUGGGUGGAAACGCUGUUGAUGCCUGUGUCGCUGUGGCUGCUGCUAUGAACGUCACUGAACCUCAUCAAACUGGUAUUGGUGGUGACAUGUUUCUCCUCUACUAUAAUGCCAAAACAAAGAUCGUCAAAGGCUUGAAUGGAACAGGACGUGCUCCAGCUGCUCUCAGUUUGGCAAAAGCACAUGCCAUGGGAUAUACAACUGAGAUCCCCUUCACGGACGUGAACGCUUGCACUGUCCCAGGAGCUGCUGCUGGUUGGUGUGAUAGUGUGCAGCACUUUGGCUCUGGCAAGGUGUCUAUGCAGGAUAUACUGCAACCUGCAAUCGACCUUGCAGAGAAUGGAUAUCCCGUUUCGCCUAUAUCGAGUUUCAUAUGGGCUGUAGGAGCUGGAAAGCUUCGAACUGGAUCCAAGUAUGGUGGUGAGCUCCUUAUUGAUAACAGAGCACCACGUGCUGGAGAGAUAAUGAGCAUGCCAGAGCUUGCUGAAACGUUUAGGACUGUCGCUCGAGAAGGCAAGAAGGGAUUCUAUGAAGGCCGAAUCGCUGAAGCUAUAGUCAACACCAUCCGAGAGAACGGCGGCCUCAUGACCUUGGAAGAUCUCAAAUCACAUACUUCCACUCUGGUCGAUCCAGUCUCCAUAAACUACAAGGGAGUUAUCGUUCACGAGAUACCUCCCUCGUCACAAGGAAUCGUUGCCUUAAUAGCAUUGGGCAUCUUAGAAUCCUUGUGGCAGGACCGUGGAAUCGAUUUCAAAACUCUGGGUCACAACAGCCCUGAGUAUCUGCACUACCUCAUUGAGGCCCUAAGACUUGCGUUUUCCGAUGCUAGACAAUAUAUCGCAGAUCCAGCAAUUGUCCCAGUGCCAAGUAAAGGUCUCUUGGACAAGGAAUACCUGAAAUCGCGAGCAAAUUUGAUUGAUCCUCAUCAUGCAAGGGCCGACAUAACCGCUGGAUCACCCCAAUAUUCUUCAGAUACAGUCUAUUUCACCGUUGUCGACGCUGAAGGAAACGCUUGUUCAUUUAUCAAUAGUUUGUAUGAGCCGUUUGGAUGUGGAGCUGUUGCAAAAGGAACUGGUGUUGCACUUCAAAACAGGGGAUCGAACUUUUCUCUUCAAGAAGGUCAUCCAAAUGUACUUGCUCCAGGAAAAAGGCCAUACCAUACCAUAAUUCCCGCCAUGGCAACGUUAGCUACCACAUCAGAAUUGUACCUCUCAUAUGGAAAUAUGGGCGGUUUUAUGCAACCACAAGGCCACGUCCAAGUCCUAUUCAACAUGAUGGAAUUCGGUUUGGACCCACAAGCAGCUGUCGAUGCUCUACGCUUCUGCAUAGGCCCAUUCGACGGUAUCACUUGGGUCGAAGAAGGGACGCCUGCUGCAACGAUUCAAAAGUUACGAGAGAUGGGACAUUACAUUGAAGUGUUGAGUUCUCACGAGCGUAAUAAAAUGGGACGUGCUCAAGUCAUUGCAAAUAGAAGAGAUCCGAGGACUAAGCAGAGAUACUUAGUCGGUGGGUCUGAUCCAAGAGGAGACGGACACGUCGGUGCCAUGUUGUGA